AUGUCUAGCCAGAAACAGAUUGACCCCAAGAGGCAGCAAGAGCUUCAGUACCAAUACACCAACUUCAAGAACACCCUCCAGCAAUUAGCACAAAAGAUUGGUGAUAUUGAGCAGGAGGCAGAAGAGCACAAACUUGUGAUUGAAACCCUCGACCCUCUCGCUGCAGACCGCAAAUGUUUCCGCAUGGUGAAUGGCGUCUUAGUUGAGCGCACUGUCCAAGAUGUUCUUCCUACACUCAAGACCAACUCGGAUGGGUUGAAGCAAGUAUUGGAGGACAUGCUCAAGCAGUAUAAGUCAAAGCAGAGUGAACUAGAUACCUGGAAGAAGAAGAACAACAUCCAGGUUGUGCAGCCUUAG